AUGCUGGCGUUUGGGAGGCCAAGUAACAGUGAUUUUACUAGCAAUAGUUGCGUUUCUUUGCUCAGAGAACUUGAGCAAAUAUGGACUGAAAUUGGUGUGACUGAAGCUGACAAAGAUUGCAUGUUGUCGGAGCUCGAGAGAGAGUGCUUAGAAAUUUACAGAAGAAAAGUUGAUGAGGCUGCCAAUGUCAAGGCUUGCCUUCAUCAAUCUAUAGCCGCGAAGGAAGCUGAGAUUGCAAUGCUUAUGGCUGCUCUGGGAGAAUUCAAUAUUAAUUCAUCGAUACAGUCAGACAAGAAAGGACAAUCUCUGAAAGAGCAACUGGCCUCAGUCACACAUAUAGUUGAGGACUUUAAACUUAAGAAAGAUGAACGAAUGAAGCAAUUUGCAGAUAUAAAGUCACAAAUUGAGAAAAUAACUGGCGAGAUUUCUGGAUAUGGCCACAUUGCCAGUGCUGUAAAUUCCUUGACUCUGGAAGAAAAAGACUUAUCACACAGAAAGCUCACCGAAUAUUACUCAAAUCUUCGAGCUCUCCAAAAGGAAAAGUCUGAGCGUCUCAAGAAAGUUUUGGAGUUUGUGGAUGAAUUGCAUUCUCUGUGCAAUGUACUAGCUUUAGAUUUUGGCAAAACUCUGAGUGAUGUUCAUCCUAGCUUGCAAGGAACGAGCCUAGAUCAGGCCUCAAAUAUCUGUGAUGCCACGUUAGAGGGUCUUGAUCAGGCUAUCCUGAAGUUGAAAACAGAGAGAACAAUUCGAUUUCAGAAGCUGAAAGAUGUUGCUGGAUUACUGUUUAACCUCUGGAAUUUGAUGGAUGUGGCAAAUGAAGAGAAAGCUAAGUUCUUAAUGAUUACUUUGAUCCUUGGUUCGACAGAAUCCGCUGUUGUUGAACCAGGUUCUCUGUCAAUGGAGAUUAUUGAACAGGUAUCAGCAGAGGUCGAGAGGCUCUCUAAAUUAACAGCUAACAGGAUGAAAGAACUUGUGAUGAAGAAGAGGUUGGAGUUGGAGGAUAUAUGCUAUAGAACCCAUAUUAAACUUGAUCCAAGCAUGGCUGAUGAUAAAAUCAAUGCGUUAAUUGAUUCUGGUGUGGUGGAUCCUUGUGAACUCUUAGCCAACAUUGAUAUUCAAAUGAACAAAGCGAAAGAUGAAGCUUGGAGCCGAAAAGAGAUAAUGGAUAAGAUAGACCGUUGGCUUGCUGCAUGUGAUGAAGAAAAUUGGCUAGAGGAUUAUACUCAAGAUGAAAACCGUUAUAGUGCUGGCCGAGGUGCACACAUAAACCUAAAACGUGCUGAAAGAGCUAGAAUUUUGGUAAAUAAGAUUCCAGGUAUGGUUGAUAAUCUAAUUAGCAAGACAUUGGCGUGGGAGGAAGAGAAAAAGUAUCUGUUUCUUUAUGAUGGGGUGCGUUUGGUUUCAAUUUUGGAGGAUUACAAACUAACCAGACAACAGAAAGAAGAGGAGAGGAAGUGUGCUCGGGAACAAAAGAAACGGCAAGAUAUGCUGCUCGCUGAGAAAGAAGCUGUGUAUGGUUCUAAGCCAAGUCCUAGAAGAAGCAACAACUUUAAGAAUGGGUAUCGCACGAGUGGAAAUGGAUCCAUGACUCCCUCACCUCGUCAGAACUCAGUUGGGCAUGCAACUCCUGAACUCCUAACACCCCGUUCCUAUUCUGGAAGACAAAAUGGGUAUUUCAAGGAAACGAGAAGACUUUCCACAGUGCCACUUAACUUUGUUUCAAUACCCAAGGAAGAUACCAUGUCGUUUUCAUCCGUUGUUGGCUCUGAACCGGAGUCACCAUCUCAAGUCUGA